AUGUCCUCUCCCAAGAGCAGCAGCGCCAGCCGCGCCGUGAGCAAAAAGCCGCUGUUUCUUCGCCGGGUCGCCGCCGAGUGGAGCCAGUUUUUCGACCGGGUCCGCGCCGCCGCUCACGACGACCUGCUGGACGAGCUGGUCAUCGACGAGCUCUUCGAAGACAGCGAGCGCGACGAGCUGCUUCUGAGGUUGAUGCGCCCCCAGCGAGGCAACACCGCCACCGACGAGGCGUUUUUGGAGAAGUACCGCCAGUAUAAGCUGUUGGACAAGAUCGCGCUGCUGAUGGCGCCAUCGCCCCAGCCGCAACCGCUGCCCGACACGGGGCUGGCCACCGAAGUCAACCUGUUCCGCGACGUCGACGUGUGCAAGAUGCGCGCCGACUACCUCAAGGACCUGGCGCUGUCCGACGGCACCGUCGACGACUCCCAGCUCGGCACCAAGCUCUGGCACUACCGCCGCGCCAAGUGGCUCGACCCCCUGCCAGCAGCGGCUCGCCGCGUGGCGGCGCCAGCGCUAGCGCCGGCACCGAAAGAGCAGUACGUGAAGAUCUAUACCCAGCUCGUCGAUAAGGGGCGCCCGUUAAAACAAGGGCUCAACCUUGGCGACGUCGUCACCGUUAUCAAUGCCGGUUGGGUCGCCGAAGAGCGCUGGGACCGCGCCGCUAAGGGGUUGCCCUAG